AUGGAUCCGCAAGAAUAUCUUAACCGAAGCAUUACACAAAGAAACAAUAUAAAAAAUUUAAUAAGUGAGUUUAAGAACGAGUUAAAAGUUAAGUCUGGAAAAUGUAUGGACGUUGGUUGUGGUCCUGGUAACUCAACAUUCGAAUUACUCUUACCAGCUUUACAUCCGAAUGCGACACUGAUAGGUAUAGAUAUUAGCGAGGCCAUGAUCGAAUUUGCAAACAAAAACUACCGUAAAAGUGAAAGAUUGUCAUUUGAAGUGAUGAACAUACAAACAAGAGAUUUAGAUGAAAAAUAUAUUAAUGCGUUUGAUCACAUUUUUUCAUUUCACGCUUUACACUGGUGCUCGGAUUUUAGACAAGCGUUAAGAAAUAUCUAUCACAUGCUCCGACUUGGUGGAACUGCACUUUUGUGGUUUAAAAUAGAGAGUGAUCUCGCUGAAAUUGUCGAAACUUUGACGAAUAAUCAGUUCUGGGCACCAUAUGAACUGGUAAAUAUCACUGAUUUGAUCGACUGUAACAUAAAACCAUUGAUAAAAAACUUGCCGCAUCACCUACAAAUGGAAUUUAAGGAAAAACUUACAGAGGAAGUUAUGAAAAAUAGUAUUGACCCUACCGUAUCAGAUUCGUAUCGAAAGAAUGUGAUCGUGGGAGACUCAGCACUACUGUUUGUGGAAAAAUGUGGUGAAAGUAUAAUAGAAUAA